AUGAGCUGGGUGGCUGUGGUUCAUCUUGUCAUCUAUAAUCUUAUUCGCCGACAAGACCUUAUCGACAUGGAGAAGCCUGAUGCAGAGAAACGACACAAGUACUUUCGAUGGAAGGAUGACAUUUGCGCAUUCAUUGAUGAUUACUGGGAUUACCUCGUUCCUGGAAAGAAAAGAUCCCCUACGUGGCACAACACAAUCGCCAGUGUAUUGUCAACACAUGGCACCAUCUUCAAGUCUGGAUAUGAAAUAUUUCAUCAGAGUGCAUGGUGGUCAUUGUUUGAGCAAGUCCCGCCUACCAAAGAGAACAAACCAAGGGUAUCAAAAGCCAAAGGGACCCAAAAGCGCUCUCGACAAGAGAAUCAAGAGGGCAAAUCCAAAAAGAUAAAGGCCGAGCCACAUGAUAAACGGCCCACUGGAAAAGAUGUCCAAUCAACGGUGGUCAAAAAGGAACAACAAGAGGCCAGCGCAUCCCACAUCAAGGAAAAGGAUUCAAUGUCGAAUGAGGUGGAUGACAUUUUUGAUCUUGGGUCAUUAUCUGAUCUAUCAUCAGAUCCAGGGAUUUUGAGCGAUGACGAUGCACAAAUAUCUGUGAAGCAAUCGAGGAAGCCUGCAAGAGAUCAACAAGUGCCACAACAGCAAGUUGAACGGGUUCAAUCGAUGAUAGAAACACCACCUCCACCUGCCGUAUCGUCACCUUCAGAAUUGCCAUCCACAACAACAGCAGCGUUUGCGACCCAAACGACCGUAUCCAUGGAUACAGCCAAUGUUUCCACACCAUAUACCCCACAUGAUCAUGUACAAGUGAAGAUAGAACCAGAAAACACAGCCACACCACUUUCCGCAAUACCGAAUCUAAACGAUGAUAUGGUUGCCAAGGAGGAUGAGGCAAAACCCAAUACGCAUGCAUCUCCCAAACCGCAACCACAGCCGACAAUUUUGACUCAGCAAAUGGAAUGGCAAAUGCUUCAACAACUUGGCAACGCAUCGAAAAAGUUACCUACAGUAGCAGCUCGCUUUGAACGCAAAUUAGCGGUUCGCAGACUAAAGCGGAAUUUGGGCUUAAGACUAUUUGAUAUGGAUGCAGCUGUCAGCAAACAAUUACGAUCCAAGAGCGAGUUGGAGCCAAUGACCAAACCUACCACCGCCGUUGACACUCAAAAAGAGAACACACCUGAUACGACCCAACAACAAUUGGCAGCCGCAUUGGAUGCCAUUACAUAUACCCCUUACAAAAGUUCAUUUGCAUCACGUCUCUAUGGACCCAUUCGCCAUGAUAGUGUGGUUACCAAGGACGAGCCAUGGUUAUCGGCAUGGAAUGGUAGAAAAUUACGUCCCUACAUCCGCCGUGAUUUCCAAAAUGUGACGCCCUACAUGGAAACGUUGAUGCGAAUUCGAUCUCGAAAUAGCAACCACCCACAAAAUGAACGACACAGCAUCGAUUACGUCUAUUUUCAGCCACAGCAUCUCGAGCAAUGCAACGCCAUGUUGCGUCGGUGUUUUUGGGAUGGGAUUGAUGUAUCCGAAUCAUUGCUUUUUCCUGAAUUCAGCAUCGUUGCAUUAUACAAACGGCUUGUGGUGGGCUGUGCAUUCAUGACUCCUGAAGCCUAUGUGACCUAUUUCGCUGUAUUGCCUGGAUGGAACAAUGCUGGCAUUGGACAAUUCAUGCUAUACCAUCUCUUUCAGACUGCUAUUAGCAAAGACAUCACCCUCCAUGUAUCUGCAAACAACAAUGCCAUGAUCCUCUACCAAAAGUUUGGGUUCAAACCUGAAGAAUUCAUUGUUGAUUUCUAUGACAAGUAUCUUCCAGCCGAUAGUGCAUAUAGCAAGAACGCAUUCUUUUUACGACUGCGUCGAUAA